AUGCAAAGAACUAUGCUGAGACAGUGGGAGCGUCUCUCCAAAGAAAACCCCACCCCUCCUGCGGUCCAGCCAUCAAACAUUUUUCCAAUGGCUACUUCCACACCGCAUGUUCCUGCAAUGAACAGAGGUGAACCUACACUUCUCACCAACCCGUCCCUCAGCCCUAAAACACUGGAGCUGAGCAAUACUUCCAGAGUGAUAGCAGCAGCUCUGCACCAUGCCAAGCUGGAACCUCCCGUAUUCGCAGCGGACAACAAGACUGUUUUUCUACCCUCGGACAACCAAGAACGCAUUCUGAGAGGACUGUUGGAUCGUAUCCAGGCUCAAGAUGAGCCCCUGCCAACUUUUGUCGCCCAUAUGCUGAAACUGUCUACUCCGUUCAUUUUGGGAAUGGAUUUCAUGACUAGAGCCUCUAUCUCCAUUCAUAUUCCCACAAGAACAGUGUUUGUAGACGAUGCCCCCUGCCCGCUCAUGGAUGAGGAGGACAGUCCAGCGGAUUUCACAGAACUCAAUUUCCUCGGCUACCGCAUCACAUCUUCGGGUAUUAAACCGGACCCGGACAAGAUCAAGGCAGUGACGGAAUUCAACACCCCAACUACCGUGAAACAUGUCCGGCAGUUCCUUGGCCUGACUGGAUACUACCGCCGCUUUAUCCAGGAUUAUGCUCGGCAUGCUGAGCCUCUACAUGCGCUCACAAGAAAGGAUGCGACUUUCCAGUGGGACGACGACUAUCUCUUGCCGGAGCAUGCUGUUAUUGGCAGUUUGGACAUUCGUGCCCUGCCCCUUGUUCUGCAAGCAGAUCGCUCUCAAAUCAGGCAGCUGCAGCUUGAUGACCCGGUCACUGGGCCGUUGUUAAGGGACAUUGAGACAGACUCACAAAACAAUGUGGACAAUGUUAAUCUGCCACAGUAUGUUGCUUAG